UGUGAUGUGGCUCUGUGCGUGUAACAGCGAUAACCGGGGCUACAAGCUGUUCCUACGUGCCGUGUAACCGGGGCUUCGACCUGUUCUCCAGUGCCGUACCAGGUGUUCCUCCGUGCAGAACAACCGGGGCUACAGGCUGCUCCUCUGUUCAUUAUAACCGGGGCUGUGAGCUGCUCCUCUGUUCAUUAUAAUCGGGGCUGUGAGCUAUUAGGGAUCUGUUCCUUGUACAAGGACUACUUGCUGUUAAUGCCGGAGUAAAAGAUGCUGCGUGCCCCGGGCUGAGCGCUGUACCCGGGAUCUGAGCGCUGUGCCUGGCUCCUCAUGGAUCUGUAACUAGUUACUCCCGUGGACACCAUGGAUUUCCCGUGGGUUGUGCCCCUGCUGCUGUUGCCCCUGUCCCUGGCUGUAGAAGAAACCUUGAUGGAUUCAACGACAGCAACAGCGGAGCUAGGCUGGACGGUGCAGCCCUCCUCAGGGUGGGAAGAGGUGAGUGGCUAUGAUGAGAACAUGAACACCAUUAGGACGUAUCAAGUGUGUAACGUCUUUGUGACCAGUCAGAACAACUGGCUAAGGACCAAGUACAUUCGUAGGCGAGGAGCCCACAGAAUACACGUGGAAAUGAAAUUUUCUGUGCGGGACUGUAGUAGCAUCCCCAGUGUUCCAGGCUCUUGUAAGGAAACCUUCAACUUGUAUUAUUAUGAGUCUGACUUUGAUUCUGCAACUAAAACGUUUCCCAACUGGAUGGAGAAUCCCUGGGUAAAAGUGGACACCAUAGCUGCUGAUGAGAGCUUUUCCCAGGUGGACCUUGGGGGACGGGUAAUGAAAAUUAAUACAGAAGUACGGAGUUUUGGUCCAGUCUCCAAAAAUGGCUUCUAUCUAGCGUUUCAAGACUAUGGUGCAUGCAUGUCCCUUAUAGCCGUCAGAGUCUAUUAUCGUAAAUGUCCACGAGUGAUUCAGAAUGGAGCCAUCUUUCAGGAGACACUUUCUGGAGCUGAGAGCACUUCCUUGGUGGCUGCCAGAGGGAUCUGCAUACCGAAUGCAGAGGAAGUGGAUGUUCCCAUCAAACUGUAUUGCAACGGUGAUGGGGAAUGGCUUGUACCUAUUGGUCGUUGCAUGUGUAAAGCCGGAUACGAGUCUGUGGAGAAUGGCACUGGAUGUCGAGGAUGCUCCCCUGGGAUGUUCAAGGCCAACCAAGGAGAUGAUAGCUGUUCGUACUGUCCCAUCAAUAGCCGGACAACCUCGGAGGGGGCUACCAACUGUGUGUGCCGUACAGGAUAUUACCGCGCUGACUCUGACCCAAUGCAGAUGCCAUGCACCACAAUACCAUCAGCUCCACAGAGCGUUAUCUCCAGCGUGAACGAGACAUCCCUGAUGUUGGAGUGGUCACCUCCCAGAGAUUCCGGGGGCCGAGAGGAUCUCGUAUUUAAUAUUAUCUGCAAGAGCUGUGGCUCAGGACGGGGCGGCUGCACACGCUGUGGGGAUAACGUACAGUUUGCUCCGCGCCAGCUCGGUCUGACUGAGCCCCGGGUUUACAUCAGCGACUUGCUGGCUCACACCCAAUACACCUUCGAGAUCCAAGCAGUAAACGGGGUCACCGAUCAGAGCCCUUACUCGCCACACUUUACAUCAGUUAACAUCACCACCAACCAAGCAGCACCUUCAUCUGUCUCUAUCAUGCACCAAGUCAGCCGCACAGUCGACAGCAUCACCCUGUCCUGGUCCCAGCCAGACCAGCCCAACGGAGUCAUUCUAGACUACGAACUUAUGUUUUAUGAGAAGGACAUGACUGAGCACAACUCAUCUGUGGUGAAAAGCUUCACCAAUACGGUGAUGGUUCCUGGUCUGAAAGCAGGCACGAUCUACGUCUUCCAGGUGCGCGCACGCACGGUGGCUGGCUACGGGAGAUACAGCGGCAAAAUGUACUUCCAAACCAUGACAGAAGCGGAAUAUCAGAGCAGCUUCCAGGAGAAACUUCCCCUUAUUAUUGGAUCUUCUGCAGCCGGCCUUGUGUUCCUUAUUGCCCUGGUGGUCAUUAUCAUUGUGUGUAACAGAAGACGAGGCUUUGAGAGAGCCGACUCGGAAUACACCGAUAAACUUCAGCACUAUACCAGUGGCCACAGUACGUACCGACUGCCUUCACCAGGGCUGGGUGCUCGUUCUCUCGUUGUGACCCCUGGAAUGAAAAUUUACAUUGAUCCUUUUACUUAUGAGGAUCCCAAUGAAGCCGUCCGGGAGUUUGCCAAAGAAAUUGAUAUAUCCUGUGUGAAAAUUGAGCAAGUGAUUGGGGCAGGAGAGUUUGGGGAAGUUUGCAGUGGCCAUCUCAAACUGCCAGGCAAACGAGAGAUCUUUGUGGCAAUUAAGACACUGAAGUCCGGGUACACUGAGAAGCAACGUCGAGACUUCCUCAGUGAAGCGAGCAUCAUGGGACAGUUUGACCAUCCUAAUGUUAUACACCUCGAAGGAGUUGUAACCAAGAGUUCUCCUGUAAUGAUCAUCACCGAAUUCAUGGAGAAUGGGUCACUGGAUUCUUUCUUAAGGCAAAAUGAUGGUCAGUUUACAGUUAUCCAGCUGGUGGGAAUGCUCAGAGGAAUUGCUGCAGGAAUGAAGUACUUGGCUGAUAUGAACUACGUGCACCGAGACCUUGCUGCUCGCAAUAUCCUUGUGAACAGUAACCUGGUGUGCAAGGUGUCGGACUUUGGUUUGUCACGGUUCCUUGAGGAUGACACAUCAGAUCCAACAUACACCAGUGCUUUGGGCGGUAAGAUUCCCAUACGAUGGACAGCGCCAGAAGCUAUACAGUACCGAAAGUUUACAUCAGCCAGCGACGUCUGGAGCUACGGGAUCGUAAUGUGGGAGGUGAUGUCAUAUGGAGAGAGACCCUACUGGGAUAUGACUAAUCAAGAUGUAAUAAAUGCUAUAGAACAAGAUUACCGGCUCCCGCCUCCCAUGGAUUGUCCCAAUGCACUGCACCAACUAAUGCUGGACUGUUGGCAGAAGGACCGAAAUCACCGGCCUAAGUUUGGGCAGAUUGUUAACACUUUGGACAAAAUGAUCCGUAACCCUAACAGCUUAAAGGCUGUGGCUCCUUUGUCUUCUGGUGUGACUCUUCCACUGCUGGACCGCACCGUUCCCGAUUACACCAGCUUUAACACCGUAGACGAAUGGUUGGAUGCCAUCAAAAUGGGACAGUACAAGGAAAGCUUCGCUAAUGCUGGCUUCUCCUCCUUUGACGUUGUUUCACAAAUGAUAAUGGAGGAUAUUUUACGAGUAGGAGUAACUUUAGCUGGGCAUCAGAAAAAGAUCCUCAACAGCAUCCAAGUGAUGCGAGCACAGAUGAAUCAAAUCCAGUCCGUGGAGGUUUGAUAAUGAAGACUUUUUGUCUCCUGAUCCUCAGACUUCCUUACGUCUUUCAACUCCGAGCCACCCUUCUUUCCCCACCUGGUACGAUGAAGUUCCACAGUUGCACCUUCUGCAGACGGGUCACCUUUCUCCCACCAUGGAUCUGUCCACAGAAUCCAUUUCCUAUCCCCACUAGAUGAACUCCGACUUCUGGAGUGUUCCUGUGUUAACAAAACUCUUGGCCAAAAUUCCAGGCAAACGGAUUAGGGGGAACUGUGAAGAAUAUUUUUGAAAAGUAAAAAAAAAAAAUUCAAUAAUAAUUUUAAUGAAAGGAAAAUAAAAUCAGUAACAACAAGGGCUUGAAGAAAUCAGCUCAGAGUUUGAAAAAAGGAGACAACGCAUUACAGUGUUCUCCUGCACAAUAACGAAAGCAAAUUAUCUGUAUGAAAUUUGCUGCAGCAUUUUUUUUUCUAUUGUUAUUUUUUUUAAGAAAAUGGAUUAAAAAGACUGAGUGGGCACACUCACAUUGCAACAAUCUCCUCAUGCUGAUGGUCUGUGGUGCCUACAUUUAACCUCUCUGGUUGAGGGGGGUAAAUAAUAUUAUACAGAGGGGAAAAAAAGUUGAAAAUGUAUUAUUUCCAUUAAAUGGACCAGAUGAAUCUGAAUACAACUCUUCAUCUUGAAGAUAUUACAGAAACAAAGCAAAAUAAAGGCUUUUUCUGUGGAGUAGGAAGACGCCUUUGAAACCGUUAGAGUUUGCGGACUGUAAGACAAUUUAGCUUGUGUUUUUUUCUGACUUUGUGAGGGCCCCCAGCCACACCUCAGUGACAUCUCAUGCAUAUCAUGUGCACACGAUAAUGAUGUCAUCACUGAUUGCCAAUGACGUCUCUCCAAGGACUUCCCAAGUACAGUCUGUUGUAGGUUUUAAUUAGACUCUGACAUGUAAAAAGAAAAAUGUUUUGUUGUCAAUGUUGUUGUUUCAGAAUCUGUUCCUACUUUGUUUGUUUACACCAAUUUGAAUUUUUUUAAAUUGUUUUUUGAAAUAUCGGUACUCAAAGUUUGAAAUUGCUUAAAAAAAGACAAAAAAAAAAUCAAAAACAUAAUGGACAAUUAUCCUUUGAAAAGGGUUUCUGCUUGGUACUUAUCAACAUCCUAAAAUGCAAAUGGCUUUUUUAUGCACAUCUAUCCUCUCUGUGGCUAUCGGUUCAUGGGAAGUCCACUCCUACUUGGUGUCCCAUCACCUGGUACAAGACUGGAAUAUGGCUAUCUGACUUGUGAGGCAUGCUCCUCAGGGGCGUUCUUUUCUUUUCUCCCUACUCUUGUUUGCGGCUUAUUAUAUAAGCUUUCCAAGUUGUGUGAUGGCCAUAGCACGUGAGAAACUGAGGACUAAAUUAACCCCAUGGGUACUGAGAUAGCACAGCCAAUGCCUUCUGUUUAAUUUUAAUUUAGUUUUGUUUUGGAUUUGUUUGUUUUUUAUCAUUUUUGGUUGAGCUUUUAUGAGAUUGAUUGACCUUACCAUCUUAGGCACUUUACUGAGCUGUCCCAUCCCUAAGAUUCUGAGAGGGUUCACAGUUAAAAUUUGAUACAAUGAUAUUCAGCUGCUAGAAAAGAUUGCUUGUGUUUUUAUGUUGUUUUUCUUUCCAUAUUAGACUGUAUCCACUGUGAUGUGUGUGUUGGGUACAGUCUAACCUGGAUGCUGGUUUUGGAAGGGUAUUUUUAAUGCUUCCUAGACUGAAAGACUUUUUUUAUUGCCUGUCCCAAGUCUGUGCACUGUAACUAACAACGAGACACUAUCCUGUCCCAGACAUAAAGCUUCAAGCUCCAAUAAUUACUCACCUUAAACAUAACUAGCAGUUAAUCUUUUUAUAGCUUUUAGCAAAGUGGAAAACACUACACUCCAAAAACUCCACACUCCUCUUAAUUUCAGUGGCUCAGUACAGUCACGAUAAAUAAGGACCCUUUUUGGGUAGACUUUGGUGCCAUUAUGUGAAAUACAUAAGUGGUAUUUGUAGCCUUGUUCCCACGUGUUCUCAUGAGACUGAGAGUUCAGCACUUACUAAUAACAAGCUACAAGAGCUAAAGAAUAACAUUAGCCCAAAUAAAUCGCUAAGUGACCUUGAGCACAAGGUUGUUGUUUUUUUUUAAUUAGUUAAUAUCCAAUGUUUAAAUUAUGAAUUAAUAUAAUAACAUAUCACAGCCAGAUGAUACUGGGUUCUCCUUACCAACAUGAAGGCUCUCUUGCAUAAGGUUACUUCUCAACAGCUUUUCUAGACUAUAACUAAAUUCAACUUUAAUGUUUGUUUCUCAUUCAUUCGGAUAACACAUUUUUUAAUCAAAGUGAAAUUAUCCUGUAAAACGUUAUGUAGUAGGAUUUACUGACCAGAGGUCCCACGGUCUGCAUCAGUGGCAACCACUGCAGCCGCCCAGCCUAGUAAGCAUCUCCACAUUGGGGAAAUCAGAUUGGUUAAUCAGCACAGUUUCAGAUGGAACAAGCAUCAGCGACAGGUUCAUUUAAAUCUCUCCUCACAUAGGCGAUACUUUUAUUUGCUCAUAUAUUUGCAUUUGAGUUCUGAGUGAGCACCAGGAUUUGCACAUUAUUGUGAGUUGUGAUUGGCCAACUUACAAACACAAAAAAACCUCAAGUCUUGGGGUAAGUUUUAUGCUUUCUGCAUUCAAAUUAACACAGAGAAAUAUAUUAGCCUAAUGCAGUGAGUAAGGUUUUACAUUUAAAAUAAAAGUUGGAAUAAGAGCCACAUUCACUGCCAAAAUUACAAUUGUUUUAUAAUAUAUAAGUUUAUUUCUGUUUUUUUAAUAUAUAUAAAUUGAUCUGCCUGUGUUACAGUAUCAAAUAUUGCAGGCUCAUGAAAUGUUAAUUUGCUGUAUUCGGUACAUUUCCAGCCAUCAUUAACGUUAAUGUAAGUUUCCAGUUUUUACAAGAUUAGGGAGGCUUUGAAAUCUUUAUAACAAAGUCUUUAGUUGCAUUAUAGUCCCAUAAAGUAUACUAUUAGCAAACUAUGUUCCUUAAAGCAGGGACAUAUUUCAUUUUGUACAACAGAUUCCUGUUAGCAAUAUAACAGCGCUCCACUCAUAACAGUUACAAACAGGAGAAGGUAGAUUUUGGGUACUGAGGAUGGUCCAAUAUUCUGUAUAAAGCACUCCGUCCACUGACAAAGAGCAUUGCCACUAUUACUUAUUAUUUAUCUUACAAUAUGGCUACUGGCUGGUUAUGGGUAAUAGGACAGCGUAACAUGCACAGUAUUUACAAUUCACUGUGAAUUUAGUUUCAGUUUAUUUGAGGCUGAUCAACACCAUGAUUAAAAAACAAACUGAAAUCAUCUAUCAAGCUUGUGUUCUGCUGCUGGAGUUUAAUGUAGCCUGUAUUGCUGAACCUACAAAGUCAUUAAUGACCGGGUUUAAGAUACAUUGCAGAGCACAGAAGAAUUCCUUUUAAAUGCAGAAUAGUUCUUACUUUCCUUUUUUGUCUGUGUGUUCAGUAAAAUAAACCAGUUGUCAGAGAAUCCAGGUUUUGUCAGCCUCCCAUGCAGACGGCGGGUCAAAAACUCUGACCUUGAAUCUGUGGACUUGACUUCAGACAGAUUCAGGGUCCCUAAGGCUAGGCGAUCUGAGCUUUCUGUUUUUUCAGCUUGGCAUAUUGCAGCUUUAGCUACACGUUCCUUUGUUAACUCUGUCCUAAAUAGCAUUUACAUUCAGUUCUGACUGCACAGUAGGAUCCAGGAACGUUUUAUUGAUCAUCUGCACGUAUUUGCCAGAAUAGUUUUCGUGACUGCCAUUAAGCAUGACAUGACUAUGUUUACAGUAAUCGUGUGACUGAUAGUCGCACACCCAGGAGAAGAUGGCCUCUUUGUACUGUGGCCUUUAGAUUAAUAAAUAAAAUCUUGUUAUUUAGCAUAAAUAAGUCUAUUUUCGUCACUUUACCAACACUGACUUUACAUCCUAACGCCUCAGGUUUUAUUUUUAGAGGCGUAUUCUUACAAUCGUACCAGCACUUGCAAGCCAAUGUGAGGAGCAUAUUUUCUCUUCAUUGUGGACUAUAAAGACUGUGACCCCAGACAGAUCUGGACUAACCUUUGUACAACUGUCUGCACUUGAAAGUAUUGCUCUUCUUCCUUAGAAAACCUAAUGAUUUUUUAUUUUGUUACCCUCAUGAACGCCACAACAAGCAAUGGAAAUCAAGUCAACACUGUGACAUUACUAAUCUGUCAGCUCCUUCCAGGAAUCUAUGAAAAUGUAUGCACCCAAAACCUUGUCAAUAGUUAAAAUAAAUACUUUGGUUAUAAAACAAUUCAUUUGUUGUGUACCUGCUCGUGUGAACCAGCUGUGGUUGAUUCAUAACGUGCAGAAAACUUGUUGCGUUCAGCAAGAUCCCGUUAUGUGCCACAGUGAUCAUCUGUUUAAGGAUGAAGCGUAUUAUUUAAAUCAUUGUCUCACACUUUCAUUUCCAGUGCUUUAACGUCAACGAGUGGACUGUGUAAAUAAUAAUGUAUCAUACAGUGUUGUCGGUGACAUUUGUAGGCACAAUGAAUCUCCACUGCACCAGCGUCUUCCGGUAUACCUUGUAUAGGAAUUGAUGAACAGAGUGGCGAAGAGUGCGGAAACAAAGCCCUUUGUUAGCUUUCAUAUUUUAUUUUUUUCUCCAUAAAUCUGUAAAUCAUGAUUUCAUCCUGAUGCUGUUCAGAUCAGUCACAAAACCCAAGGACACACUUCUAAUGAGACUGAUCUUGUUCUAAUCAUUUUAUGUUAAAAAUUCCCAAAAAUACAGAACGUUUGAUAAAACAGGGAGAGAAGAAACAGAGGUUUCUAUGUAGCUUUGUAGAUCAUCCACAUUACACAUUUGUUCAUAAAUAAACUGUGACUUUUUGCAA